AUGGAUGCAGGUUCAAUGAAUUCGUCUUCCAACUUGAAGGGACAACCCAGAUACCCACUUCAAGAACAUUUUCUUCAGAGAAAAAACUCCAAAGAAAAUUUGGACAGAUUCAUCCCCAACCGAUCGGCAAUGGACUUUGAUUACGCCCAUUUCAUGCUGACAGAAGGCAAGAAAGGUAAGGAGAAUCCGGCCGUCAGUUCGCCUUCCCGGGAGGCAUACAGGAAGCAACUUGCAGAGACAUUCAACAUGAACAGAACUAGAAUUCUCGCCUUCAAGAACAAGCCGCCAACGCCUGUUGAACUCAUUCCUCAGGAGCAUUCCACCACUUCUGUUCAACAGACUAAAUUGGCCAAACCCCGCAGGCAUAUCCCUCAGACUUCUGAGAGGACAUUGGAUGCUCCGGAUCUUGUGGAUGAUUACUACCUCAACUUAUUGGAUUGGGGAAGUAGCAAUGUUCUUGCAAUAGCUCUUGGAAGCACAGUGUAUUUGUGGGAUGCUUCAGAUGGUUCAACCUCAGAACUUGUCACAGUUGAUGAGGAAAAUGGCCCUGUCACAAGUGUCAAUUGGGCGCCGGAUGGGCGCCACAUUGCAGUUGGGUUGAACAAUUCUGAAGUACAAUUGUGGGAUUCUGCUUCCAACAGACAGCUAAGAACUCUGAGGGGCGGCCACAGAUCGAGAGUGGGAUCAUUGGCUUGGAACAAUCAUAUUCUGACCACUGGAGGAAUGGAUGGUCAGAUUAUUAACAAUGAUGUGAGAAUUAGAGAUCACAUUGUGGAGACUUAUAGAGGUCACACUCAAGAGGUUUGUGGCCUGAAAUGGUCAGCUUCAGGCCAGCAAUUAGCCAGUGGAGGCAAUGAUAAUCUUCUCCACAUAUGGGACAGGUCCACGGCCUCUUCAAAUUCUCCCACACAGUGGCUGCACAGGCUGGAGGAGCACACUUCUGCAGUCAAGGCCCUUGCCUGGUGCCCUUUCCAGGGCAAUUUGUUGGCCACUGGAGGCGGUGGUGGAGACCGGUGCAUCAAGUUCUGGAACACUCACACAGGUGCAUGUUUGAACUCGGUGGAUACCGGCUCUCAAGUUUGUGCUUUGUUGUGGAACAAGAAUGAAAGAGAGCUGCUUAGCUCUCAUGGGUUCACUCAGAAUCAGCUCACUUUGUGGAAGUAUCCUUCAAUGGUGAAAAUGGCUGAGCUUACAGGCCAUUCUUCCAGGGUCCUUUUCAUGGCACAGAGCCCAGAUGGUUGCACAGUGGCAUCAGCAGCUGCUGAUGAAACACUCAGAUUUUGGAAUGUUUUUGGGGCUCCAGAAGUUGCCAAGCCUGCUCCAAAGCCAAUCCGGGAGCCAUUCGCUCAGUUGAACCGCAUCCGGUGAUUCGAGCAAGAGAAACAUUACAACGGAUUUCCAGGACAAAACAUUGCCUGAAGACUUUGUAUAUGCAACUGAUAUUGAGUCAUAUAUACUUGCUUGUGUCCGAAGACGAAUGGUUCAACUACUUGUUGGUGUGUGGCGAUCUCAAUCAAUCUAUUAUCAUGGUUCCCUUUCAGUCCAAUGAAAUCCCAAGUUAAAUAAAUUUGCUGCAUUUCUAAUUCUUGGGGAAUUGGGAUAUUGUACUAGCGCAAAGUUGCUGGGUGGUGCAUAAAUGAAGUACUUGCAAAUAUUUAUACUUUAGUGAAUGUGAAUACCUGUUUUUUUCCUUCCGUGGACGUAGUCAUUUGAUACGAGUCGGAUGAUGAACCACGUUAAAUUUCUGUGUCUUUGUGUGA